UUCUGAUUCUCUUCUUUCACCAGUUUCGACUGCCGCUGGAGCCAAGAAUCAGAAAGCAAACCCCCAACACUAAUCCUCCGCCAGCAGCCGUCGUCUUGUUUAACUUCCACUAUGGCUCGAGGGCUGAAGAAGCAUUUGAAGAGGCUCAAUGCCCCGAAGCAUUGGAUGCUCGACAAGCUUGGCGGCGCUUUCGCUCCGAAGCCGUCGUCUGGACCUCACAAGUCGAGGGAGUGCCUGCCGCUGGUUCUGAUUCUCCGAAAUCGUCUGAAGUAUGCACUUACUUACCGUGAGGUGAUCGCUAUUCUGAUGCAGCGACAUGUAAUGGUGGAUCACAAAGUCAGGACUGAUAAGAAAUUCCCUGCUGGUUUCAUGGAAAUUCUGGUGUCAUGAAUCAGAUUGAAGUCACUUGUAAGGAAUCACUUGCAGCCGGGAAUCCGACUCGAUUAGGGAGCCUGGUGCAGUGUCACAAAAUGCUUAUUGAUGGUUUUAGGUUCUUUUCCUUCUGUAGGGAGUUGAGAGUCAAAACCUUCUGUUUUCCUGUGCUCCGCUCUUAGUACUUGAAAGUUCAGAUGUUGUUUCGAUCCCAAAGACCAAUGAGAAUUUCCGAUUGCUUUAUGACACAAAGGGUCGCUUUCGUCUGCACUCCAUCCGGGAUGAAGAGUCCAAGUUUAAGCUUUGCAAGGUGAGAACUAUUCAAUUCGGCCAGAAAGGAAUCCCGUAUCUGAACACUUUUGACGGGCGAACGAUCCGCUACCCAGAUCCACUCAUCAAGCCUAAUGACACCAUCAAGCUUGAUCUGGAGAGCAGCAAGAUUGCGGAUUUCAUCAAAUUCGAUGUUGGUAAUGUUGUGAUGGUUACUGGUGGAAGGAAUAGAGGGCGUGUGGGCGUCAUCAAGAACCGUGAAAAACAUAAAGGUAGUUUUGAAACCGUCCAUAUACAGGACUCCAUGGGACAUGAGUUCGCUACUCGCUUGGGGAAUGUGUUUACGAUCGGUAAGGGAACCAAGCCCUGGGUGUCCCUUCCCAAGGGUAAAGGAAUCAAGCUGUCAAUCAUCGAGGAAGCCAGGAAGAGGGCUGCUGCAGCCCAAUCCGCUGCCUAAGGGGCUUCGAAGUUUAGGAUAGACGUUUAGCUGUAGCCUCUCUUCCUCCAUCUUUUUGUGUUGCGAGCGAACUUUUGCUGUGGAUUAAAACCUCCUUUGAGAAUGUCGAGACUUUAUAUUUUCGUCAUAUGCUACUGGAGUCUUCAUUUCUGUCAUGUUUCAUUAAAGUUGUAACGUCUGUAGGUUGUCCUUGCUACUAAGACAUUUUAGUAAUGUUUGGGAGGACAUUUAGGCCAAACAAAACCAGGAAGUCCAAGGGAUGGGUAUCGAAUAAGCCAGUUGAGGCUGCAUACAGUAGGGACUAGGGAUGAGCAAUAAGUGGUCAACUUUGAAUUGUGGACGAGUCAGAAAUUUGAAUGGGUAUGGGUAGGAUUAAAAAUGCUCAUAUAAUUUGAAUUGGACGAAUCGGAGCUGCUCAGGCGUUGAGUACGAUUGCUUACGUAACAGAAGAUCAGGUUGUACAAUUCUCCUUGGAGGAGGUGCAGUCAACACGGUUCAGAGCUUCUCGAACCCUGC